AUGAAGGUCCUUUGUCUUCACGGGAAGGGCACCAGUGGCUCGAUCUUCCGCUCCCAAAUUUCCUCCUUCCGCGGCAAGCUUCCCGAGGGCGUCGAGUUCGAUUUCCUCGAUGGCCCAUUCAACAGCAACGCCGCCGCCGGUAUCGAUUUGUUCUACGACCCACCGUAUUAUUCGUGGUACGAGAAUGACAGCAUAGACGAUAUCCGGGGCGCCUGCGAAAGGUUGAACGAAUACAUCGCCGAGAACGGCCCCUACGACCUAGCUCUGAUGUUCUCCCAAGGUUGCGUCCUGGGCUCUAGUGCCCUUCUGUUCCAUCAAGAGGAGACACCGCAUCUCCCACCUCCUUUUAAAGCUGCGAUCUUCGUCUGUGGGGGACCUUCUACAACCGUGCUCGAGGAAAUGGGGUUCCAUAUAUCGGCCGAGGCGCGCGAGCGCGACGCCGCCUCCCGCAAAGCUCUCGCCCUACAGGCCGGAUCGUCUGCUGUUCUAGCCAGGGGCUCUGAUCGUUGGACGGGCCUUGAGUCGCUGAAUAACGGUCUUUCAGAGGAACAGCUACAAGAGGAAAUCACCUGCCCCUACCGCGUCGCCAUUCCCACGGUGCAUAUUUACGGGUCGAAAGAUCCUCGAUAUGCGUCGGGUGUGCACCUCUCUGGCAUUUGUGACCCUGCGAAACGUCGGUCCUUCAACCACGGGGGCGGGCACGAAAUUCCCAGAACGGCCUUCGUGAGCAACUCGAUUGCGGGACUUUUCAGAUGGGCUUCUGAGCAAGGUGGCGUUCAAUAA